UUCUAGUUAAGCUUUCUCUCUUUCUUUGUGACAAAAAUAGUAGCUUGUGUGAGUGGUCUUUUCCAUUACUUAUGGAUGAGUACGACACCUAGUGGAGGAGACAGGAAAACCAUGAUUCAUGUUGAAGCUCAACAAGUGCCCUAUACCAACCAUUUCCACCACAAACCUCUAUGCCAAAUUCGAUUCUACCCAUCAAUAUUUUUCCCUUGUACCACUUUUCUAUUCUUUUUUCUCUUGGGAUUCUCAAGUCAAACAACCCUUUAGUAGUAUAUGUAUAAAGCCGAACCCUUCCACUUCACAAAUACAAAGAAGACAGAAGGAACCAAAUUUCCUCUUUUUUUUUUCUGUGUUAUCUGUGUUAUCUGUGUUGUACUGAUGGUGGACUCUGAAGAUGUUGCAUCAGCUCCUUCUACUCCUGCAACUCCAGGCACACCUGGGGCUCCUCUCUUUGGUGGGUUCAAGGCAGAUAGAAGUAGGAACACUAGAAAAUCCCUUCUUCAGAGCUGCAGGUGUUUCAGUGUAGAAGCAUGGGCCAUGGAAGAAGGAAGCUUGGGUGGUGUCAGCUGUUCAAUACCUCCUCCUCUAGUCUCUCUUGCAAGAAAGGUAGGAGCAGAGUUCAUAGGCACGUUCAUACUCAUCUUUGCAGGAACAGCCACCGGCAUUGUAAACCAGAAGACACAGGGAUCGGAGACACUCCUCGGCCUUGCGGCCUCCACAGGCCUCGCCGUGAUGAUAGUCAUACUUUCGACUGGUCACAUCUCCGGCGCCCAUCUCAACCCGGCUGUCACCAUUGCCUUUGCAGCACUGAGACACUUUCCAUGGAAACAUGUACCCAUGUUCAUAGCAGCACAGGUGAUGGCAUCUCUGUGCGCUGCAUUUGCACUCAAGGGGAUUUUCCACCCCAUCAUGGGAGCUGGAGUCACCAUUCCUUCUGGGGGCUACGGCCAGGCCUUUGCUUUAGAGCUCAUCAUCUCCUUCAACCUCAUGUUCGUUGUUACAGCUGUGGCCACUGAUACAAGAGCUGUGGGAGAGCUCGCAGGAAUUGCAGUUGGAGCAACUGUCAUGCUCAACAUACUGAUUGCAGGGGAGACAACUGGAGCUUCCAUGAACCCAGUGAGAACUCUGGGGCCAGCCAUAGCUGCAAACAACUACAAGGCCAUCUGGGUCUACCUCACAGCCCCCAUCCUUGGGGCACUAUGUGGGGCAGGUGCUUACUCUGCUGUCAAGUUGCCGGAAGACAGUGACACCCAGGAUAAGCCAGCAGCUGCCCGGAGCCUGAGGAGAUGACCAGAGAAUGCAAUCUGUAUAAGUUGUACACUUAUAACUGAGAUAAGAAAGAUGCCAUAAGAUGAAUUCACCAGAGACAGAACAAAAGAUAAAAAUGUCCACUUUGGUAGAAUACUUGUCUACUGUAGAAUUAUAGAUCUUAGUAGACAGGAGAAGAAAGGGAGACAGUGAUUUUAGAGUUGAUCCUUGUUAGAUGGUAACUCUAGUUAGAUUUACUGAUCAAGUUGGGCAGAGGUUGAGAAGUGAUGAAUUUGGAAAAGAAUAAAGUGGUGAUAAGUUUUUAUUCUCUUUCUUCUUUUCUUUCUUUCUUUCUUUAUCAUGUAAAUUUAGGAUGUGUUUGGUUUGAAAGAAAAGGGAGGGACAGCAAGAGAAAGGUAAUCCCUCCCUUUCCCCCUCUGUUUCAAAUCAAGCACAUCUGUAGGGAAUUAGCAGUUUUGUAAAUAACAUGGGUUUUGUUUC